GUGCGCGGCGCAGAAGGCGGGCGGCGGCAGUCAUGGCAUCCCGGCGGGCUCUGCAUUUCGUUUUCAAAGUGGGAAACCGCUUCGAGACAGCGCGUUUCUAUCGCGAGGUCCUGGGGAUGAAGGUGCUGCGGCAUGAGGAAUUUGAAGAAGGCUGCAAAGCUUCCUGUAAUGGGCCUUAUGAUGGGAAAUGGAGUAAAACUAUGGUGGGAUUUGGAGCCGAGGAUGAUCAUUUUGUUGCCGAGCUGACUUACAAUUAUGGCAUUGGCCACUACAAGCUUGGCAAUGACUUCAUGGGUAUCACAGUGGCUUCUAGCCAGGCCAUCAGCAAGGCCAGGGAGCUGGAGUGGCCGCUCACGGAAGUCACAGAAGGUGUUUUUGAAACCGAGGCCCCAGGAGGAUAUAAAUUCUACCUGCAGAAACACAAUGGGCCUCAGUCAGAUUCUGUAGUGAAAGUAACUCUAGCUGUGUCUAACCUUCAGAAGUCCUUGAACUACUGGUCUAGUCUCCUGGGAAUGAAAAUUUAUGAAAAGGAUGAAGCGAAGCAAAGGGCCUUGCUGGGCUAUGCAGAUAACCAGUGUAAGCUGGAGCUGCAGGGCAUCAAGGGUGCAGUUGAUCAUGCAGCAGCUUUUGGAAGAAUUGCCUUUUCUUGCCCCAAAAGCGAGUUACCUGAAUUAGAAGAGCUGAUGAAACGCGAGAAGCAGACGAUCCUGACUCCCCUGGUGAGCCUGGACACUCCCGGGAAAGCCACAGUGCACGUGGUCAUCCUGGCUGACCCUGAUGGACAUGAAAUUUGUUUUGUUGGGGAUGAAGCCUUUCGAGAACUUUCUAAGGUGGAUCCUAAGGGAAGCAAGUUGUUGGAUGAGGCCAUGGCAGCAGAUAAAAGUGAUGAGUGGUUUGCUAAUCAUAAGAGACCAAAGGCUUCGGGUUAGUGGAAGACUUCGUGCAGAGCAAGUACUGUGGUUCUUGGCCAGCACCCAUGAGGCAUCGUGCAGGCAAGGGGUCCCAGGUGAUGAACAAGGCUGUAUUAUAAUCUUUCAGAGCUGUCGCAUAUUUUAGAAAUGAAACCCAAUCCUCACGCAGGCCCAGAGAAGCUCUUCACUGGAAUGGCAUGUUUGUACGAGUGUUCAAGGUGUGGCAAGGAUCUUCCAGCCUGGGACAGUCCCAUGCCACUCUGACUGGGCAGGGAGGUGGUUUUGAGGUGCUGGGGGUUGUGUGGGUCUUCAGAGCAUGACCAUAAGCUCUUCCUGAUCUUGCCCUGACAGAUACUGAUAUUUAAGAUUUUUGUUUUGGAGAAGCUUUGUUCCUUGCGUAAGAGUUGGUUGACACCCCAUCUCACGUGCUCUGACAGUCUGAGUUGCUACAGAAUGCAAGAGGGAUUUUCACGUGUUGGUCUGCUCCAUGCCUGGCUCUCUAUAGGAUUUUUUUUAAUCCUCCCAAGAUAGAACACCAUGUUAGACUUUUUAAAAUUUCUUAAAUGAUUUCCUCAGCUUUCAGAAAAAGAGUGUCUUUUUUUUUUUCUACUUAGUUUUGUGCUUUAAACAGGAUUUUUAAAAAAUUAGUUUUAAUUACUGGAACAAAACCCAAAAGUCACUAGAAACUGAAUUGUAUUGGGUGUAUUAUUUUAUUAUUUUAAAAAAUAAACUUCUGCAAUCAAGCUGCUGUCCACUAGUCUCUGAGUCUUGUGCUAGAAAGUGCUAUCCAGGUUCAGACUGCAGAGACUAAACUGGGGAGAUGGAAAGGAUGGAUGACACAGCAGUCUGGACCAAGUGAGCCCUAUAGCUCGGCUCCUGCUGCUCACCCUGGGCGGGAGGUUUGUUUGCUUCUCUGCCUCCCAGCCUCCCAGCCUCCUUCCCAGGGAGCACUACCACACUUUCCAUUCCACACAAAUUCCUCUUUGUAGGAAGCAGUCCUAAAUUUCACAGUAAACUUGGCUCAGUUUACCCCUCCCCUGUGAUACGGGUUUGUCUUUUUGUCUAUACAUGGGAAGUUAGUAACACAAACUUCAUGUAAUCAGAUAAGGUUCUGUGCCUGAACUAUGUUAAUUUGCCAGUGUUCUUUGGAUUAUUAAUUCUUGUUGUUUGUCUCUAAUAAUAUUGUGAAAAUACUUCCUCUGUUUCAGGCUACUGUAGUGUGGCUUUCUAAAUUUAUAAGUUUAAGUAAUAAAUUACUAACACAUGUGUCUAUCUUCUACUUUAA